CCGGGGGACACAGAUUUCACAUCUCCUGGCACCCUCUCCAGCCGACACGUACUAACAGCCUGUCUGCCGCGUCACGUGAUCAGACACGGACUGCAAGAACCGGCAUGCUUUGCGGUAUCAGAACGUAUAGAACGUGAUGACGUCACAUGUUACUAGAGACGAUUUUCAAGAUGCCAGAGGUGAAAUCCAUGUUUCGUGAGGUGCUUCCUAAACAAGGACAGCUGUGUGUGGAGGAUCUCCCCACAAUGGUCUUAUGCAAACCAAAGUUGCUGCCUCUGAAAUCAGUGACCCUUGCCAAACUGGAAAAGAUGCAACGUGAUGCCCAGAACACUAUUCGCCAGCAGGAACUUGCUCAGCGCGAGCAACCCUUGAACCAGUCCUAAGAAUCUUGAUUGGUUCAUGUAAGAUGGUCAGAAUAUAGGCACAAAUUGAGCAGAAUGUUUUUGAUUGUUUAGCGAGAGUAAUGUGCUGCAUUAAUCUGUACAGGCAGUGGAAGAUCCCUUUGCAAUCCCACCCAGAGAAAAGAAUUGCCCCAAAAGAUGAAAACUCAACAUUCUUUUCUUCUUAACUAUUCUAGUCAGACAUGUAUAGUACACUGCAAACCCAUGCUUUAUUCAGUUAAAAGCAUGUGUCUGUUUUAAACGGGGUGCCUGCUGCUUGAUCAUAUCACUAGAGCAAUUUAUGCACUUUCUAUUUAUAACUUAAUAAAGAGCAUGAA